CGCGAGUAGUACAGACCCUCUCUGCAUCCAAGACUAUUACAAUAGCUUACUGAGGGUUUACAGAGACCAAGAGUUGACAGAUGGGUUGGCAUGUCACGUGGCUUGGCUUGGCGUUGUGCACCGCUGUGUGACAUGCUGUCGAUAAAAACUGUUAUAUUUGAAUUCCCUCAUCUGUUUUACGUACAUACAGGUAUUAAUCAUGGACAUUAAAAGCAAGGCCUUCGUAUACGUCUGUGUGACAGUUUGGUGUGGAUUAUCGGUGAUAUACAUGAACACAGAUUCGUUCAAGCAGCCAUUCGUGAAGAUCUCCCAGUCUCGUUUAUUCACAUUUUUACAUCGAUGGCCAAACACUACAAACAGCGAUGCAACAAGUGGACCUUUAUAUUUGAAAGAAGAGAUUUUACGAAAAGGGGCAAAAUACAAUGUUUCCACCUUUGCUGAUGCAAAUACAUCAUACAUCUAUUUAAAACAAAAUGCAACCUGUCAUCAAGGUGACCUCAUCCUAGUCCAAAUAGAUCUGUAUGAUGCACAAGGCACAAUAAAGAAAACUGGAGGUGAUUUUUUGAGAGUGUGGAUGGAAGACCCCAAGAAUGCAACUUCCGUUUCCGGUCAGGUUUCCGAUCACAACAACGGAAGUUACUCUGCUGCCAUCAUCGCUGUGUGGGCAGGGCACGGCACGAUAAGAGCGUUCAUUGCUACAAGGCGGGAGGAGAUUGUUUACUAUUAUAAAAUAUACGAACAGUAUACCAGUCUCUGGCCCGCAUAUGCUGAUUUCCGAAAGAAGGGGUCGAAUCUUACAGGACAAAGCACUUGUUCAAUAACAGUGCCAGGUGAUGAAACAGCAGGAAAUUGGUGCAAUUUUACCCUGGAGAACAAUGGCUUCCCUUGGUACUGCUUGAAACCCCCAAACAAACAACUGGCAUGUCACAUGUGGACUUAUUCAUUCUCUGGUCUCAGUUUCAUAUUCAAGCUAAACAGCAGUGAAGACAGUGUUACACGCUGGUCUUCCAAAGAUCCGCAACCAGAUAUCCUAAAGCGGUUUGUAGACGUAUCCAUAGCAACCGCUGACACAGCCUCCACAUUGCCCUUAAAUCAAGUGGCGUGUAACAAGCUCCCGCCAUAUAUAACGUGGCAACGGAAGUCUCCCAAUGGUUUCUUCCACCAGGACAAGUGGCAUUCGUUACUGUGCCAUGACACGCUGCCUCGCACCAUUGAUGCCUACAGACAAUGCUUGAAAGGAAGAACGCUCUGGCUUCAUGGGGAUUCGACAAGUGAUCAAUUCAAAAAAAGUCUUCACUCCAUCUUGCGCUUCCAGUCACAUGCAAAUGGACAUAUGCCUGUCACUGACACAGACUGGGUAUAUGAGUUUUCCGUUUCUUUUCAAGCUCACGAAUUUCCGUUCUAUCAUGGCAAGUCGCACUAUCCAAGAUCAUCAAACCAAGCACAGCACAUCAUGCUGGACCGUCUCCCGAACGCAACCAAGGAUAUAGUUGUCCUAUAUAUGUACGUUCAUUUCACGCUUGUCCACCCGGAUGUGUUCAGGCGACAUGUUCGAAAACUUGUUCCUUCUGCAAAGAACCUUUUGGCGCGAGCUCCUAAUGUUACACUUGCAGUUCGUGGGCCACACGCAUUUUUCAGAUCGAGCAAAGGUUUGCUAUCCUACUGGGGACUUCAUUAUGCUGAUAUUUGGCAUCAGGAAUUCGCUUCGCUACGUGACAAAAUCGUGUAUCUAGAUUUCUGGGAUUUGACCAUAGCAAAGACGCAUUACGAUUUUCACCCACUCAUGAAAACGGUGCAUGAAAUGGUUCACCAUAUGAUGUCUUUGUUGUGUCAUAGAAAGUAACACGUACUAUUUUAUUCUAAAAUAUUCAAUUUUAUCUUGGAGAUCUAGUGUAUUAAUGUAAUACCUAAUGAUUCUGUUGUAUGUUUACGUAACAUAUAGCGGCAACCAAAUAUACCGCCGAGCAAGAGAAAGUAUGUACUUGAAAACUGGAUGCCCCCCAAAUUUCAAACAUCGAAACGUUACUAGGGUGAAAACAGUCGCGGAAACACUGCAAGCCCGAGGUCCAACACACAACUGUGAUACCCAUGUCAAAUACAUCUUUAUGGAUUAA